UCACUCUGCUGAAGGGAUCUUUGUCCCUUUCGGGUGGAGCUGAAAACAGGUGCUGUGCAGCUGGGCACUUAGAAGAAAAGAGUGUAUUGGAUUCAUUUUACCAGACUGCCGAGUUGGCUGGUGGUUGUGAGCAGCAGGGCGUGUUUCCACUCAGGGAACAGGAGAUUUACACCAUCCUACGCUUGUCUAGGAAGGCGUUAGUUAAGAUUAUAUACGAACAGGAAGGGGUCUAUAUUCACUCAUCUUGUGGAAAGACCAAUGACCAAGACAGCUUGAUUUCAGGAAUAUUACGUGUGUUAGAAAAGGAUGCUGAAGUAAUAGUGGACUGGAGACCAUUGGAUGAUGCUUUAGAUUCUUCUAGUAUUCUCUACGCUGGAAAGGAUUCCAGUUCAGUUGUAGAAUGGACACAGCCCCCAAAGGAAAGAGGUUAUCGGGGAUCGGAACAUCUGAACAGUUAUGAAGCAGAGUGGGACAUGGUCAAUACAGUUCCGUUUAAAAAGAAACCACAUACCAAUGGAGAUGCGCCAAGUCAUAGAAAUGGGAAAAGCAAAUGGUCAUUCCUGUUCAGUUUGACAGACCUGAAAUCAAUCAAGCAAAACAAAGAGGGUAUGGGCUGGUCGUAUUUGGUAUUCUGUCUAAAGGAUGACGUCGUUCUCCCUGCUCUGCACUUUCAUCAAGGAGAUAGCAAACUACUGAUUGACUCUCUUGAAAAAUAUGUGGUAUUGUGUGAAUCUUCACAGGAUAAAAGAACACUUCUUGUGAAUUGUCAGAAUAAGAGUCUUUCACAGUCAUUUGAAAAUCUUCUUGAUGAACCUGCCUAUGGUUUAAUACAAGCAGGACUGCUAGACAGAAGAAAGCUGUUGUGGGCCAUGCAUCAGUGGAAAAAAAUUAAAAAGGACCCUUAUACAGCAACUAUGGUAGGAUUUUCCAAAGUCACAAACUACAUUUUUGAUAGUUUGAGAGGCAGUGAUCCCUCUACACAUCAACGACCACCAUCAGAAAUGGCAGAUUUUCUUAGUGAUGCUAUUCCAGGUUUAAAGAUAAAUCAACAAGAAGAACCAGGAUUUGAAGUCAUCACAAGGAUUGAUUUGGGAGAACGACCUGUUGUUCAAAGGAGAGAGCCAGUAUCCCUGGAAGAGUGGACUAAGAACAUUGAUGCUGAAGGAAGAAUUUUAAAUGUCGAUAAUAUGAAGCAGAUGAUAUUUAGAGGGGGGCUUAGUCAUGCAUUGAGAAAGCAGGCAUGGAAAUUUCUUCUGGGCUAUUUUCCUUGGGACAGUACCAAGGAGGAAAGAACUCAAUUACAAAAACAAAAAACUGAUGAAUACUUCAGGAUGAAACUACAGUGGAAAUCUGUCAGUGAGGAACAAGAGAAGAGAAAUUCGAGGUUAAGAGAUUAUAGAAGUCUUAUUGAAAAAGAUGUUAACAGAACAGAUCGAACAAACAAGUUUUAUGAAGGCCAAGAUAAUCCAGGGUUGAUUUUGCUUCAUGACAUUUUGAUGACCUACUGUAUGUAUGAUUUUGAUUUAGGGUAUGUUCAGGGAAUGAGUGACUUACUUUCCCCUCUUUUAUAUGUGAUGGAAAAUGAAGUGGAUGCCUUUUGGUGCUUUGCUUCUUAUAUGGACCAAAUGCAUCAAAAUUUUGAAGAACAAAUGCAAGGCAUGAAGACCCAACUAAUUCAACUCAGUACCUUACUUCGAUUGUUGGAUAGUGGAUUUUGCAGUUACUUAGAAUCUCAGGACUCUGGAUACCUUUAUUUUUGCUUCAGAUGGCUUUUAAUCAGAUUUAAAAGGGAAUUUAGUUUUCUAGAUAUUCUUCGAUUAUGGGAGGUAAUGUGGACCGAACUGCCAUGUAAAAAUUUCCAUCUUCUUCUCUGUUGUGCUAUUCUGGAAUCAGAAAAGCAGCAAAUAAUGGAAAAGCAUUAUGGCUUUAAUGAAAUACUUAAGCAUAUCAAUGAAUUGUCCAUGAAAAUUGAUGUGGAAGAUGUACUAUGCAAGGCAGAAGCAAUUUCUCUACAGAUGGUAAAAUGCAAGGAAUUGCCACAAGCAGUUUGUGAGAUCUUGGGGCUUCAGGACAGUGAAGUUGCAACACCAGAUUCAGACACCGGUGAAGAUGAGAGCGUUGCCAUGACUAGUUGUCCUGCAUCUACAUUUCAGAGUGAUGCCUUGCCCGUACUUGCUACCAGUGGAGCCAGAGAUGACAACACAACACAGAUAUCAGUGUCCCCAAAUGUUAGCAGAUUAACACCUGCAUGAUCAUUCUUCUUGCUUAACUUUUGAAGAGACACUUGGUUGCGACCUUUUUCAAGUACUUGAAAGGAGGAAAUUUAAAAUCUUGGUGUUGAUCAUGCUUUAAGGUUUAUGGAAAGAAAGUGUACUGAUGUUCUUGCAUUAAAGCUUUACAAAGAUUUAAACUAAUUAUUUUUGUAGUUACUUCUACCAAAUAGCCUUUCCUUUUCAAUAACAUUCCUUAGUAUUUUUAUAGCCAAGUACAUUUUAUUUUCUUGCUGAUGAACUGGAAUUGGAUAAAUAUUACAAGUGGAUGAGUUGGAAAUUAUGCACUUUGAAAAACAUUCACUUUGUUUACUCUAAGUUUAGUGGGUUUUGGAAUUGAUUAAAUUAAAUCUUAGGCUUCUCUAUAGCAUUCUAAGCUGAGAAGUAGAUUGUGUUACGCAAGUGAUGAAAUAAAAGAAUUUGUUUUUCUCUAUUGUUUACAACAGUACUCAGCUUAAAUAUUUAUGCUGGUUGAAUGUGAUUUAAAUUGGAUAUUUUCAUCAAUGCAAUUUAAUGUGUAGAUAAAAAGCUAUUUCAACCAUAAUAAGUGGAUUGGCAGUAUAUUUUUUACAUUGAACUUUUCUUCACUUGUAUAUAAAGACUAUAUAAUAAGUACUUAUUUAUGAGUAUAAGAAAGGAUAGGCAUAUUUUCUUUAACUGAAUAAACUUGACUAUUGAUUUAUAUAACCUGAUUUGACAAAAGUAAUACAUAGCUUCAGUAUGAUAACUUUUUCAGAACUAUUUUCUUAACCAAACAUUUAUUUCAUGAGACUACAUUCAACCCUGUACCUUGUGUAAUUUUAAAAUUAAUUGCUUGUAACCUCACUUUACUAAUGUGUUUAUUAUCUUUCCUAAUAAUGCAUUAACUGAUUAAUCAGGUCUUUAAAUUUUUAUAAAAUGCUCUUUGCAGAAAGCUUAUGUCAAAAAUUUCAAUAUACUAUCACGAGUCUCAAAAAAUAUUUUUUGUAUAUGAACGAAGCUGUUGUUUUUACCAUGCAGUGUUGCAUGAUUUUAAGUUAUGUGGAAUUAACAUAACUGAUUCCGUUUUAAUUGUAAUUUGUUAACUCCUGUACAUAUCAUUAAAUAAAUUUGAAGUUGAA